AUGAGUCCCAACCGCCGGAACUCGGAUCUCAGCCAAGCUUCCUCGACGCCAUUAGAAAGGGCGCGUCACGAAGCGGCCAGCAACAACGAUUUCGGAACCGGAUACGACUCCGACCCCGACGACCUCUUCCUCGUUCACCCAGCGACUGUCUUAAUGGUUGACAAGAAGAAGAAGGCCGCUGCGCCACGGAACGUGUUCACAACAGAAGAAGAGGAUCAGGUCAUACUCGACAACUUCAAACAAUACCCUAAGGGGAUGAACAUUCCAUUCACGAAUCGAUACGAAAUGAUGAAGAAUUCUCUGCUAGGCAGAUCAGGAGAAACAACUCGAAGACGAUGGCAGCGCCACCUUGACCCUAAUCGCAACGGAAAAGAGAUUCAGGCAAAAGAAGAACGAGACUCGAAGCGACAGCGAUUCCUGCAACACCUUGCUAAGUCUCACCUUAAGGAUCCCGACAUGGGUCUGGAUGAUCGUGUUAAGACAGUGGAGGAAUCCACCGGCGAUGCAACGAAUCGAAGCGCCAUCGUUGCCGGCAUCAAACAUCUUCGAGCAGAAGGCAUUAUAUCGAAGAACCUUCACUAG